UAUCGAGCGCGAGAAAAUGCAGUCUUCAUUCUCCCAUCGAGCAAAAAAAAAAUAGUAUCUCCUCAGGGAUGAGCGUUUUAUCAGAGUCUGAGAGAUUAGGAAUUAUUUCCUCAGUGUGGGGAUCAUGGAACGUGAGUUCAAUGCCAAGUGGAACUGUACGUAAUUUGAUUUAGCCCGGAGCUCUGAGAUUUAACGGCCAAUUAGUUUGAUUGAACGAACCAUGGGUGAGUGUUGUUGUAGAGACGCAUUUGAGUCCGGUCAUGAGCAUCAAAGGAUUCAAUGGUUGAGGGGGAUUUUAACUAGUUACAAACGCCGAGUUAACUUUACUUGUUUUUAUGGAUGGGAGAUGGCGGAGAUUGAAUUAAUCAUGAAUGAAGAGAGGAAGUAACAACCAAUGGCUUUUCUAAAGUGCGUUUUAAUAGUGCAUUAUUUUCACCCAUUUAUUUCUGACGGAAUGAUAGUGAAAUAGAUGUACCUGUGAAACUUGUCAGACUUGUCAGACUUUUGAUUAUGAGGAAGUUCAUUUUCACCUCGGCAAAUAGGAUGGCAUUUAGAGGCUGGUGAGUACCAACCGAGCUAGCAUCCGACAGUCGUUGUCGUCUCUACCAAAGGCGCCUUAUUUCCGGUAUCCUUCGGGCAACUCAAUUCGAGAGAAACUUUUUCUCAACUUCACGUUGUGCGACGUUCUUGGAUUACAGGAGGAAAAAUGAUAAAGGAAUUUGAGGAUUGAUGAGGAUCAACUCUGAACUGCCGACAGCAUUGCUUCAAGUCAUAAUGAUUUUUGAGGGGACUAUUUCCAGAAGAGCUGUGAGAGGAAAUAAAAUAUAUUGAGGGUUUCCUUUGAGACAGAAAAUAGAUCCCGGAUAAAAAUUUAAUUGAGGAAAAAUUCUGGGAUCAACAGGAAAUAUUUACAACUGAAAUUUCGGGGUGAGGAAGUAUUCCCGGGAAAUUUACGGGUAUUUUUCCACUGGAAAAGCAAGAAUUUAAAUUACUUGAAAUGUGGAUGAAUUUGUGAAUCUCAAAGGACUCAAAUGUAUUCUGUUGACACUGAUUUCCGUCGCCAUUGUCCCGAUGGAAAAAGAUUCUUGACUUAUGACUCAUAAAUUCAGUCUUUCAUCGACUCCAGUAGAUAAAAAAAAAAUCAAACAUUUUCCGCUCGCUCAGGAACGAAACUAUUCCCGGACUUUAUCCAGCCAAAGGUCGUCAGUGCCUCCUCCAUCGAAGACUGAUAUUAAAAUACUUUCUUCACUCAGCGAUGAAAAAAUUCAGAGGAAAAUGCAUGAUAACGCGUAAUGGAUUCUCAAGUUUAUUGACCAUAGAAAGAAGGUUGUGCACCAGAAUGCAUGGGUAAAGGCCUGGAUAGGCGCAUGAGUCGAUGUACAAAACUCGUGAAAACUACGGCAAUACACUUUACGUAAGCGAGACUGCCUGCCAACAGGUCAAAUUUGGGGUACAGGCUGUGUUUGGACCGUCGGAUCCAAUUCUCGGACAGCACAUCCACAGCAUCUGCGACGCGCUGGACAUCCCUCAUCUGGAGGUCAGGCUGGACCUGGACGCGGAGGCGAAAGAAUUCAGCAUAAAUCUGCAUCCCGCACAAGCAUUACUCAAUUCUGCCUAUCAAGACGUCAUGUUCUUCCUCAACUGGACGAAAGUCGCCAUUAUUUACGAGGACGAUUACGGUCUCCUGAAGCUGAGGGACUUGGUUAAAACCCCGAAGUCACCGGAACUUGAGGUACAUCUCAGACAGGCUGAUCCUGAUUCAUAUGGACGUGUCCUGACUGAUAUCAAGAGCAAAGAGAUCAGAAAUUUUAUCGUUGACACCAAGCCUGAACACAUGCAGCAUUUUUUACGAAUGAUAAUCCAAAUGCAAAUGAAUGAUUACAAGUACCACUACCUCUUCACAACUUUUGAUAUUGAAACGUUCGAUCUCGAGGAUUUCAAGUACAAUUUUGUCAACAUCACUGCCUUUCGAUUAGUCGACGCUGACGACAUUGGAGUCAGGGGAAUACUGAGAGACAUGGAGCGCUUUCAGCCAGCUGGAAACACUGUGCUCAAUAAAUCACGUGUUAUUCAGGCAGAACCUGCUUUAAUAUACGACAGUGUACAAGUAUUUGCCGUUGGUUUGCGCACCCUGGAGCAGUCUCAUACCCUGAGGCCUGCAAAUCUCUCCUGCGAGGCCGAACAUCCCUGGGAUGGUGGCCUCUCUCUCAUCAACUACAUCAACUCGGUGGAGAUGAAGGGAUUGUCGGGGCCCAUCGAGUUCAAGGAGGGCAGGAGGAUUCAAUUCAAGUUGGACUUGCUCAAGCUGAAACAACACUCGCUGGUUAAAGUGGGAGAAUGGAGACCUGGACUUGGGGUCAACAUCACGGACGGUGGUGCUUUUUUCGAGCCCGGAACAGUCAACGUGACUUUAAUCGUCAUUACAAUCCUGGAGCGACCUUACGUGAUGAUGCACCACGAAAAAAACUACACCGGUAACAAUCGAUUUUACGGUUUUUGUAUGGAUCUGCUGAAGGCAGUGGCACAAGAAGUAGGCUUCACCUAUCGUCUGGAAUUAGUACCUGAUCGUAAAUACGGUGCACAAGAUCCUGAGACGGGCGAAUGGAAUGGAAUGGUCCGUGAACUCAUGCGACAUGAACAGCCAUACGUUAUGCUGAGGAACUCGGGAAAUUUCAGUGGUAAUGAACGUUACGAGGGAUUCUGCAUCGAUCUGCUCAGGGAGAUAGCACGUAUGGUGGGAUUCACGUACAGAAUUGAACUAGUACCCGAUGGCAAGUACGGUGUUUACGAUUACGAGACCGGCGAGUGGAAUGGAAUUGUGCGUCAGUUGAUGGAUAAGAAAGCAGACCUGGCAGUGGGAUCAAUGACGAUAAAUUACGCCCGGGAGAGCGUCAUCGACUUCACGAAGCCGUUCAUGAACCUGGGUAUUUCGAUUCUCUUCAAGGUGCCAACGAGUCAUCCAGCAAGACUAUUCUCUUUCAUGAAUCCUCUAGCGAUUGAAAUCUGGCUCUAUGUGCUAGCCGCUUAUGUUCUGGUAUCUGUGACAAUGUUUGUGGUAGCGAGAUUCAGCCCUUACGAAUGGAACAAUCCUCACCCCUGUCAUGGCCACUCGGGUCCUGAAAUCGUUGAAAAUCAAUUUUCCCUGUCCAACAGCUUCUGGUUCACCAUUGGAACACUAAUGCAACAAGGAAGCGAUCUCAACCCCAAGGCGGCGAGUACCAGAAUAGUCGGUGGUAUAUGGUGGUUUUUUACGUUAAUUAUUAUAUCGUCUUAUACGGCUAAUUUAGCGGCGUUUCUCACCGUCGAGAGAAUGAUAACGCCCAUCGAAAAUGCUGACGAUCUUGCUGGACAAACUGAUAUCACUUAUGGAACAUUGGAGAGUGGUAGUACCAUGACCUUUUUUCGAGACUCAAUGAUCGAGACAUACAAAAAAAUGUGGCGGUUCAUGGAGAACAAGAAGCCAUCGGCAUUUGUGCCAACCUAUGAGGAAGGGAUCCAACGCGUUCUCCAGGGUAAUUACGCCUUCCUGAUGGAAUCAACAAUGCUUGAUUACAUCGUACAAAGAGAUUGCAAUCUCACACAGAUCGGGGCACUGCUCGAUAGCAAGGGCUAUGGAAUAGCAACACCGAUGGGUUCGCCGUGGAGAGAUAAAAUAUCACUUGCCAUACUGGAGCUGCAGGAGAAGGGAGAGAUUCAAAUGCUGUAUGACAAGUGGUGGAAGAGUCCUGGUGAUACCUGCAAGAGGAAGGAAAAGGGCAAGGAGAAUAAAGCCAAUGCCCUGGGUCCAGCGAAUAUUGGUGGAGUUUUUGUUGUUUUACUCUGUGGCCUAGCCUUUGCCGUUCUAGUGGCAAUAUGUGAAUUUUGUUAUAAUUCACGUAGACAUUCGCCAUCGGAACGUGAGACACACGCUGUACAACCACCCCCAACGUGCUCAGGGUCUUUGCAGACUGUCACUCAAAAUCCACAGCAGCAAAACUCGAAUAAUCAGGAAUCACUGUGCUCGGAAAUGGCACGUGAAUUGUGUCGUGCAUUACGGUGUCGUGCGUCAUCACGUCGUCGAAAAGCUUGUGAAAAGUGCUCGACACAUGUUGUCGGCUACACCCUAGAUAAUCCAACUGCCACUCCUCUCAAUGGGAUGAGAUCUCAGAGAGGCAGCCUGGGUAUCUCCGGAGAUUUACCAGCUCACAUUCAUAUGCAUCAUCAUGUACCCCACGAAUACGAUGGAAAUUGACAAAAACGUUAGUAUGUCACCCCACCGGUUCUUCACUCGCGAAAUCAUCGUUUGCAAGAAAGUACUCAUUAAUCAACCUCCAAAAAAAAAAAAAAAACUCAAAACAAAUUUUGUAUAGUGAUGAAUGAUGAAUGAGAAUUGUCGACACUGUUGCAUAAAAAGGCUGAAAUAAAUGUUCAUGAAUGUGUCAGGAUGUUCUCGCGAUUCCAGGUAAUUCCUCACGGUUUGUCCGCCCUUUUUACCCUGACGAAUUCCCUCUAAUGCGCCCAGUUGUCUUUCACAUCCAUGAAAAUUUUUCAAGCUGAAGAUGAAUGCGUCAUUUGCACACUCGCUGUAACACACGUCUUCGUCCUCUUCCCUGUUUCAGUUAUGAGCCAAAAGGGCUGAAGUAAGGAAGCACACGUAGACUAAAAUGUAAAUAAAACCGACAACAACUGCUAGCAUAUAAUUAAUUUAAAUUAGUCAUUAAAUGAGCCGUGAAGUGGUAAAAAAGCACGAUAAUUAGUCGUUUAUGAAGACCAGCAGAAUGACCACCAAUUUUCAACUUGUUUACCACUUCAUUAACAAAAUGAUGAGUAAUCAUUCGAUGUUUGAUGUCAUUUUACGUGUAUACGUGGACCUAGAUAAAUAAAAAUAUCAGGAGAAGAAAAUAAAUAAAAAAAAAACAGAGCCAUCAUUUUUUUUUAU